GACUGGUCGACGCACCCAAAGUGGAUCGCGCUAUCCCACGCUCGAGCGCCAGACACUUUUCUUUUUGCGCCGGUUGAGACCAUGCCGCUCCUGCAGUCGAAUGACCACGCUGACAUCCUCGCAACGGCGUCCGCGGGCAUGGCUGACCUCCUUGCGUGGGCCAAGCCCGAGGGGUCGCUCCACUCGGCGGCCACCAACUGGGCGUUCGAGGCGUGCCGAUACGAGCUGUCGCUCGAUGGCAGCGGCACGUUCGACGAUGUUGUCAAGCUCUACAAGUCGCCCAACGAUGUGGCCGCCGCACUCCACCACGUCCACGUCGACAAGUCCCAGGUGCUCUACACGUUUACGGCCAGCAGCAUGGACAUUGCACUGCGCUGGGGCGUCUUCCGAUCGCCGUUUCCGCUGAUGCGCGACCGGAGCGCCACGUACAUCGAGCACACCAAGGAGUUUGCUACUGCAAGCGGCCUCCGCGGCUUUGCACGCUUGAUCAAGUCGCACGCGAUCGGCCGCGUCGACGACGCCAACUACGUCCGCGCCAACAUUCGGUCAUGGGGUGUCGUUGUCAUGGAGACACCGGACCCAAAUGUGCUCCACGUGAGCAGUACGGUCGACAUUGACUGGCACGGCAGCACGCCAACGUGGGUCGCGACCUUGAUGACGUCCCGGCGCGCGCAGAGCAUCAAGGCGCUCGCGACUGUCCUCCGGACUUCCAAGAAGAUGGCGCUCAAGCAUUGCUCCGUGUGCACCAACAAGUCGCGCGCCUUCAACCGGUUCUCGCAGCUCGUGCCGUGCACAGACUGCACCAAGCCCGUGUGCUCGACGUGCCGGUCGAUGCCGAACCGAGGCGCGACAUGCUGCUGGGGCUGUGUCAAGAACAAGGUCGUCGUGCGCCGUCUCUCAACUGCGGGCUUGACACGGCGCGUCGACGCAUCGUCAACCCAUCCUAGUACACCCGAGACGACGCUGGGGUGGUAUACGCCCAAGCACACUGCCACCGUGGACGAGUCGAUUUACACGCAGUCGAUCGAGGUGUAGCAUUUUGCGUCUUGCACUAACUAUGUUUUCGAUAAAA